AUGGACGUAUUCUCUACAUCCCAGAUCUUCUACGAUAGCACUUGCGCCUCGUCGCCUGAAGCUUUGGAGUUCGGCCCCGGAGGGGAACUGGCCGGGUCUGAAGAGGACGAGCACGUUCGGGCCCCCGGGGCCCCGCACCAGCCAGGUCACUGUCUGCAAUGGGCCUGCAAAGCUUGUAAGCGCAAAUCCAGCACGGUGGACCGCCGGAGAGCCGCCACUAUGAGGGAGCCCCGCAGGCUGAAGAAGGUGAACCAUGCGUUUGAGGCACUACGGCGCUGCACCUCGGCGAACCCCAGUCAGCGUCUUCCCAAAGUGGAGAUCCUGAGGAACGCCAUCCAGUACAUCGAAAGCCUUCAGGAGCUCCUCAGGGAACAGGUGGAGAACUACUACAGCCUGCCUAUGGAAAGCAGCUCUGAGCCGGCCAGCCCCUCCUCAAGCUGUUCUGAAAGCAUGGUUGACUGCAAUAGUCCUGUAUGGCCUCAAAUGAAUCCAAACUUUGGGAACAACUACAACUUUGAAGCACAAAAUGCUUGCGCAGUGGACAGAACUCUAGGAGCGUCGAGUUUGCAGUGUCUGUCCAGCAUCGUGGACAGGCUGUCUUCUGUAGAUACGGGAGUUGCAGUGGGAAUGAGGAACAUGGUUGCUCUCUCUCCAACUGGAAGUGAUUCCCAGUGCAGUUCUCCAGACAGUCCCAGCAACAGACCAGUCUACCACGUCCUGUGAGAGGGAGGGAGCGAGACACUCCAGCCUGGAUAUCUGCUUCCACAGAACGCUCUGCAGAAUCUGAAUGCCUGCUAUUCACAUUGCAUGUUCAUUUAUGAAGUAUUUUGGAGGAUUUGAUAAUGCUUUCAUAUACCAAUAAGAAUGUAGCAAUUACAAACCUCCAUACAGCACAAUGACAAAGAUUUGCCCUCAAACUCACAGCUGAAAAUGCAAAACAAAUCU